AUGGAAACCAUUGGAACGAAAUCAGUAACCAAAGGUAGAAGCAAUAAUAAACUGUCCAAGACAAUCCAGAAGGUCACUAGUCUCAAUUUUGCUUCAAACAAUGCCCUUUUCUUCCUCACUACUCAUGAAACCAAAGCACAUCAUCAUCAAGCUAAGAACAAAAAUGAAUUGAAGAAAAGGUUCUUGAAGAAACAACUUAACAUUUCAUCACCACAAGUGACUCUCAUGCUUGCAGAGGUUCAAGAACAACAAAGCCUAAUGAAGACCUUUGGAAUCACCAUCCAAAAGCUCCAAUCUUUGGUUGAUACCAAAGAUUCUGAAAUCUCAUCACUGAAGAAACAGCUUCAUGAGUGCACUGCAUUCAACAAAUCGCUUGAGAAGAAGCUACACUCAAGUGGUUCAUUAUCAAAGUUCGAGAGUCUUCAUCUUUCAGCACUUAACACAACACACUUCAUCCAUUUUCUUCAACAUACUCUAAGCUCAAUGAAGAGCUUCACCAAGUUGAUGAUCAAAGAAAUGGAAUCAUCAAAUUGGGAUUUAGAACUAGCAGCCAAAUGUAUCCAACCAGAUGCGGUUUUUAUCAAACAAAGGCAUCAAUGCUAUGCAUUUGAAUCCUUUGUAAACAUGACAAUGUUUGAAGGCUUCAACUACCAAAACUUCAAUGUUCCAAGUGAACCACUUCAGAAACACCAUAACAGAAACCUUUACUUGGAAAACUUCAAGAGGCACAAAUCUCUGAACACAAAACAUUACUUAUCAGCACACGAUCCAAACUCAUCGUUUGCCAGAUUCUUGAAAUCCAAGUACCUUCAAGUGGUUCAUGAAAAAAUGGAGUGUUCCUUCUUUGGAAACCUUAACCAUAGGAAGCUACUCAAACUCAACAAUGGUGGUGUCCCAGAUUCAGCUUUCUUCGUUGCUUUUGCGGAGAUGGCAAAGCGUGUGUGGUGUUUGCACUGUUUGGCACUUUCUUUAGAUGAAGAUGUCAGAAUUUUUCAGGUGAAGAAGAACACUAGAUUCUCUGAGGCCUACAUGGAAUGUGAAGCAGAACAAGUAGUUUCAACCUCCUCAGAGGAAGUUACUGAUUCCGAUUCCGGCGAGCUUCGGGUGGGUUUCACGGUGGUUCCGGGUUUUAUGAUUGGAAAAAGUGUUAUACAGAGCCAGGUUUACCUUUCUCCAGUGAGUUAGAAUGCAUAUAUUUGGUCUCAAAAGUCAAAGUAGGGUUCUUCACACACUCUGCCUCAAAUUUCCUUUCUUUUUCUUUUACUUUCUUAAAUUUGUUUAUGGUAUGGUGCAAUUACUUUGUAGCUUAAAUUAUUAGCAAUAUCAAGUGUAUAUUGUAAUGAGUAAUGAGUAAUGUUUGGCAAGCUUUUGUUCUAGUA